CCCUCUUUUGGUCUUCUUCUUUUUUUUCUAUAAAUCUGCCCCAAAUCCCUCUACCCCUCUCCUUCUCCUCGCCCUAACUAUUCGGAUUGCGGUCCGUUUGUUCUCUCGCUGAUCGGCGGGUGGAUUAGGCGUUGCGAUCGUAGAUCUCGAAGAGAUUGAGGCAAAGAUGAACCACUGCGCGAUGCAGCAGAACGCUUUCGCCGCCGCCUGCGAGGAGAUGAGGGCACCUUUCGCCUUCGUUGACCGGAAGGCCCCUAUCUUCUGCCCCAGGCCCCGCCGGUUCAGCCCGCUCGCCGCCGUCGUCGAUCCAGUCCGGCCCGUCCGUUGGCAAUCGAGUCACCAGUCGGAUUUCUCCGAUUCGAACGCCGGGGCUGACCCUCUCGAUAUAUUUCUCGCAAAGGAUGAAGAACUGGAUCAAUUAGCUACGUCACCGCCAUUUUUCUGCGGCUCGCCACCCAGCCGCGCUGCCAACCCGGUGGUCCACGACGCCCGGUUCGGCGAGAACCACCCGCCGGCACUUUUUGCCCCUUCACCACUAACCCUAUCCGGCCCACCCAUGUCUCCCAAGCAAGGCUGUGCCCACGACAAGUUCGGCGUCUUGCCGGCGACCGUGCGGGUUGAGGGUUUUGAUUGCCUCAACCGCGACGGUCGGAGCUGCAGCGGCAUCGCUGCUGUGGCCUAAACAGCCCUGCGCGUACCCACCCCCCAAGCGUCCCGAGCUUUCUUUUUGGGCCGCUGUGGGAGCAAAGAGGAAAGAGGAAACAAAACUCGACACAAAGAGGAGUCAGACAACCCACAAUUAGGUGCUAAGCAUAGCAACAAAACAAAAGCUUUGAGGUAAUUUGGAAGGCCUUGCAGCGUUCGAUGUAAUUGUACAUUUUUCUAGUACCAAUCUUUUGUGUAUGUAAUCUAAAUGUUUCAUGUGGAUACGAGAUGAGUGAUGGGAAGAAACAGAGAGAGAGAGAGAGAGAGAGAGAGAGAGAGGUUGAAGCCAAUCUUGUGAUGUUUUGUUUUUUUAUCCAUAUAUUGGAUUUUAGGUAUUGAUAGAAGUAGUGGCUUUUUAUCUGUAUAAAAAUUGUAGCUGGUUGGGUCACUCAUCGGUCAUGAAAUGUGUAUAUAAUCCUCAUGUUAAAUUAGUAUGUUGGAGUUAUGUUAUGUAAUCCUCUUGUAUUAUUGAAAGCUGAUGGCGGAUGGAGUUUGUUGUG